ACACCAACUAAUCUGAGUCGCUCGUUGCAUUGACAUCCUACAUAUCUCCUCCUCUCUAGGUAGGCUAGCUAGCAAAGCUGCUUGCCGUGUGUGUCCAUCUCCAGCAAUGGCUUCUGGCGCCGGUGCCGCUGCCGCCGUUGCGGUUUUCGCCAUUAUGGUCCUGUCUUCGCUGGGGCACCCAAGGACCGGGCCGUUAUGCAGCGACUGUGGAUCGAUGUGCACAGCGAACUGCACCGGAGAGGUCGCCACCUCCUGCAGGAGUUACUGUGAGAACCCCCUGGCUGCUAGGCAGUCGUGCGAGAGGCAGGUCCUUCAGGCGUGCACGGUGUCCUUCUGCUGCUACGGCAACUGCACCCGUGACUGCAAUCUGGAAGCCCACAAUGCCUGCCAAUCCGUCCACGACACCACUAUCGAUUGCCAGUCUUGCACGGGCGGUAUAUUCCAGUCCUGCUUUCCCGCCUGCAACAGCAACUGCAACAGCACCUGCGUGAAUAAAGAGCAUGGAUGCUUGAGGACUUGAUCCAAGCUUCGUCUCAUUCUGUGCUGAUUUGGUCAUCGGCUCCUUGUGUGCAUGUAUGCGUGGAUGUAGUAUGUAUGAAGCCCCCUUGAAUCCCUGGGUCUGGGAUAUGUCUACAAUAAAGUACCUUUGCACUGUAUUUUUUUUCAGUGUUUUAUUAUAUGGAAUUUUGCUUGUCUGGCCCUC